GGAGGAAGAUCAGCUGACCGGCAGUCAGGGCCACGGUCGCCAUCAGGUUGCAGGCUCGCAUCAUGUCGAACUGCACUGGAGUGAGCGGGAGAAGAGUUUUCAUUUCUGAUCAUUUAGACGGACACAUGCCAAAGUACCCAGGAUGCUCCAGGAUGACACAUUACAGCAAUGUGUUGUUGCUAUGUGGAUACAGUGAGAGUCACAAUGAAAUCUGCUGCCACUGAAUACACUGAAUAAAGAUGGACUCUCAGAGUCACCAGCCAACUUCAGAUGCACCUCAGACACGACUUCAAGCUCUCAAAGAAGAAAAUCUUCAACUGUGUGACAGAAAUGAACGCCUCUUUGCCAAAGUGGGCUACCUGGAGGGCAGACUGGGCCACCUGGCCAGCUCUAACACAGACCUGUCCUGCAGGCUGGUCCACAGCCAAGAGGACAAACUCAAGAUAUCGAAGGAGCUUGUGGACGAGAAAAUCCAAAGCAACAAGAUGAGAGAGCACUUUGAACAAGAGACCUUUGAGCUGAAAAACAAGGUAUUGAACCAAGACAGCGUGAUAACAGAGCUGGAAAUGGAGCGAGACAAGUUAUCUCAGGAGCUUCAGUCGGCUCACGCUCGUCUGAAGGUGGGAGAGAAGAGCGGUCAGGACCUGACAGAGGAGUACGCCACUCUGAGGAAGAGCUACCAGGUUCUGGCUGAGGCCCACAAUAUAGAGCUGAGCCAGAGUGAGCAACUGGGCGCUGAGCUGCUGGCACUGGCCCGGGCCCAGGACGCCCUCCGCAGGCAGCUGAAGGAACAGCAGCGGAGUGUCGACACCACCACAGAGGGCCUUCAUGGAGAGCUGGAGAGGGUCCGAGCACUGAUUAGUCGCAUGUCCUGGAACAGGGUCAAGCCUGAGGAUUUGGCAGCUUUGGACAAGGAGCAAAAAACUCUUCUCGGAAACCAAGACGAGAUCAAAGAAAUGCUGGAGAAAAUGAGGCGUGUUCACCAGGAGCAGCAGAAGAAACUGGAGGAGAAAGUGGCGGCGGUGGGUAAAGAGCACCAGGAGAGCAGGAUCGUGAUCCGUCAGAGCCAACAGAAACUCUCUGAGCAGAAAUCAGCCCUGAUGUUCUCUCAGAGCCAAGUGAAGGAGGUAGAAGACGAGAACUCAAAGCUGCAGCUUCAAGUCAAAGAGCUAAACGAGGAGUAUCGUGCACGACUGGUGUGCUACAUCCAGGACUUAGCUCUGUACAUCGAUGGACUAGGAGACGGUCAAACUCCAGGAGGAGCUAAGAUGAGGGAGUCUGUGGAAAACAUGCUGCGGGACGUGCGUUUGUCUUACAGGGUCAGAGAAGAACAGCUGGCGUCUGCGGCUCGCUCCUAUAAAAAGAGACUGCAGAAGAUCACCAGGACCCAUCAGGCUGUGCUCAUGGCAUACAGGGUUCAGAGGGAGCAGAUCUUGUCCAGAGCAGACAGCAGCUUUGACCCUGGACCUCCAGAGGCCUCUUUCAACCCGGAGCUCAUUGAGCUGAGAGAUGAAACUGAGAGGGAGCUUCAUCAACUCCGUGAGGACAAGGCGAGGCUGGAGGUUCAGCUGCAGGCCGCCCGGGAGCAGGUGGCCGCCAUAAAGUUGCCUGUUCCUAAUAUCAGCGGUCAAGAACCGGCAGCAAAACUGGAGCAGAUGAGUGAGGAGUCGUGUUCGAACAUCAGGACGCAGCUGAAGGAGAUCACAGCCUCGACACUAGUGAACUCCGAGAAGGAGCGAGCGCUUCUCCUCACCAGGGCAGCGGUGGCGGAGGCGCAGGUGUCAGAGCUGCAGGACUACAUUGACAACCACCUGGGCAGGUAUAAACAAGAGAUCGCACAUCUGCGCAGACGGCAUGGGAAAAAGGAGGCAGGACGUUGUUGCCAAAGCGCUAAUUCAGCUCUCCAUGAAUAGACUAGAACUUUAUUGUCCAGCUGGAGAAAGACAACUGUCACCAUCAGGUAUAUACACACUUACACUAACAAUAACUUUAAAUAUAUGUAGAAAAAUGAUUGUUUUUAAGAAAAGAGAAAUCUGACAUCCACUUCCUACCCUAAUUUUAACAUGGAGAUAAAUGACGAGUGUGAAUCCUUGGUGUGUUCAGUGCCAGCACUAGGUGGUGCUGCUCACACUGGUGCUUCUGUCUCCAUGAAAGCCCCCCCCCCUCCCCUUCCCCCCAGCCUUGAGAAAAAAAUGCCUGGAAUGUUUGUAAAGCUUAUGUCAAUUUCACGAGAUUGGGGAGAAGAAAGCGCGGUGACAGCGAGGGGUCACCCUGGUGAGAAUAAUGUCAUUACAUGUUACCCAGACACUGUGAAUACUUUCCCCCCUCAGUGCCGCCUGCCCGCGCGCUGAGAACUGUGGCACAAACAACAAGCCAGGCCCUUUUUCUCCAGGAUGAGGGUUCAUAUUUAUAACCUCAGUGUUGCUUUGAAUAGGCAACUGUUCCCUUUCAAUCCCUUUAACCAGUGUAAGGCUCUGCUGUUUUUCCCUAAUGUGUUUUGGUAGCUGGGUUUCAUGCCGUAGCCGACAGCUGACAUAACUUUAAAAAUAGAGAGUCUAAAUGUGGGAUAAAAUGAAAGAGUUUGAUUAUAAGUGUCACUAUUGUAAGUGUUCUAUGUAUAAAUAUACAAGUAAAACAAAAUUUAUGUUGGAAAAAGAGUGAAGAAAAUACUCAGGGGGACGAUGGGAAAAGUGGAGGAUAUGGAAAGAGUCAUAGGCAUGUCACCCCCAUCCCCUUUUCAGGGGGGCAUGCCAGUCAUGGGAGGGAGGCGGGGUUACAGGGGUGUGAAAGUCUGAGAGGAAUGGGAAGUGGGAUUUUGUUCGUAAUGUAUUACACUCCCAGGGACCCUGGGAAAAGGGGUGGGGGCUGUGGUGGUGGGGUGUUCAGCUUGGGUCUGUGCCAACAUAGUCACUGUGCCAAAGCGCCGGGUGCUGGGGAGAACUCCUCUCCUCUCACCGGCAGAUCUGUGGGAAAAAUCAAAACCAGGUUGUUCU